AUGGGAAAAGGAACAGUUGUACCAACUUCUACUAGUUCUUCUAUUGAAUUUCAGACACGGAAAACAGGAUUAAGCAAGAGCAUUUCACGAUCAUCAGCAAGCUUUGGUGUCGUACGAAAGAGUACUUAUUUUCAUUCUGAUGAUGAAGCUUACUCGGAGAAGGCUGAACGCCGAGAGAGAAACCCAGUGAUUGCUUGCUUACUCUCAGUACGGCUAUUCAUCAUUGUCAUAAUUACACUACUCAUUGCACUUUGUAUCUUUUCGAUAUGGAUUACAUCCUACGUAACCAGCCAACACACAGCAUUACAGAAUACGCAGACUCUGUUUAAAACCAUGAACGUACAAGUCUCUAAUUACCUUUCCUCCCAAAUAGUACCAGCUCGAUCAGUUGCUCAAACCAUUGCUGAUGAUUAUCACAACAGUGUUGUUGGACUCAAUUUGAACGUCAUGCCUUACUUGUCAAGCAAGAUGAAAUGGUUUGGAGUAACAGGUGCCAAUCUAUGUCUUGGAGAGGAAGGAUUGAGCGUUCUCUAUGCUUAUUCUCUUUCUGUAUCAGCCCAAGGCACUGAUAUUUUGCUAGGUGCCUUUCAACCAAAUGCCAACUCUAGGUUUUUGAUGUUCAUAUCUAAUAUGGACACAGGAGAAUUAUAUUACGACCAGAUGGUGAGAAACAUUUCAUAUGUAGUGUCUGCUACUGAUUAUUACAUUGAUUCCGUCAAGAUGUUGAAGACCAACUCUGAAGGAGGCUUCGGCCCCGUAUACAAGGUGAUUAACAGUGGGCAAGCCAUGUACUGGUCCACUCCUGUCUACGACAAGAGCUUACUUCCUCAUCAAAAGAAACGAUUAGGAAUCGUUAAGGUCAACGUUUCCCUAUUUAAAAUUUCUCAAUAUUUGCUUUCAAUGUCAUUGCUUUCGAAAGGUUUUUUUGUAGUCACCGAGAAUGAUAGCAAUUAUGUCAUUGGUGCCAACUUUGUUAUUUCAGGACUGGAUAAUGACCGAAUACCUGUGACAAAUGUUACGGAAAAAGAUACAAACAUCAUUUUCCAAAAAUUAUUGAACGUAAAUCCACAAGAUGCAGACAUAAUCAAAAUUCAUGCUAAGGGCGUCGACUAUCUAGUAUCAACAUUUUCAUAUUCUUUGUUUAAUUUAAAGUGGAGAAUCACAAUGAUUUUGCACGAAGGAGAGGUACAACAAGGAAGCAUAAUUAGUAGCUAUAUCAUUCUGGGAGUGGCAUUGUUUCUUUCUUUAUUUGGAAUUAUAGCUAGUAUUGUGCUUGGCUGGAUUGUUACCAAACCGCUACGAAUUAUUCAACAAGACCUACUCAAAAUUGAAGUGCUUGAAUUGGACGACGUUGUUGAGCAUCACUCAAUAUUCACAGAGCUGAAAAGCAUUUAUGCAAGCCUUAUAGAAACAGUUACUGACCUUAAAGAGAUAAAAACAUUUAUCCCAGAGUCUGUUUUGAAUCAAUUAGGCCAGAGCAAAGAUUUACCAAAGGAAAUGACAGCUUUGCACAACGAAUCUCCAUUGCAUGACAAUGAUAGCGGUCAUUCUCAAGCUUCAGUUAGCAAACACAGCUCAUUGCCAAUAACUAAAAUGGUUGGAAACAUACUGAAGCUCGGUCUACAAGAAGUAGAGAUAAGUGUACUGUAUGUGCAAGUACGUGGGUUGACAGAGCAGGAAUUUGUUAACCCCUCUGAGUUAGGAAACGCUGCCAGCAGAAUCAUCACGUCCAUUUCGAACAUAUGCCGAUCUUUAAAGCUGGAUUUACAAAUUCGAACCUAUGAUGAAUUUGUCAUCCCGUUUAACAGUGUGACUGCCCAGUCAGUUGAAACUGCCAUGAAAAUAUCAUCCAUACUUUCUAAAGACAUCUCUGAAGCAGAAGAAGCCAUAAAAUUUCAUAUUGGGGUUGCCUCUGGCUUCGUUUUGCAAGGCAAUAUUGGAAGUAAGAAUCACAGAUAUCAUGCAUUAAUUGGAUCAUUAAUGGAGAAGGCACAAUAUUUGUCGAAACUGAACGCUUUUUUCAAUACUACUAUUAUUAUUGACCAAACCACCUUUAACCAUGCCAAAGAUCAAUUCUUUGUAAGGCCAGUAGAAAGAUAUCUCAUGUCAAAAGACAUUGAAACCGUUUAUCAAGUCCUCAAACCAAAUCAAAAGUGCGAAGACGAUGAGUGGAUGUAUGUGUUAGCACAAAACAAACAAAACGACACGUACAGAAAAUAUUCAGCUAAUUUUGCAAGAUUGUUUUUGCAUGAAAAUGAAAGCCAGGUUGAAAUAGCUGUUGACUAUUUCAAAGACUAUAUUAAUUCCCAUUUUCACCACAAGCAAAAGGACCAUAUUCUCGAAAGAUUAGAGAAUAUUUUAAAGCAACGAGAAGAAGUUGUGAAUUUUAAUUUUUCUAAGUAUCAUUCUAACAUUAGGGAUGAGCUUUGUGGAUAUUUCAAUUCCACUAAAUUAAGGACAGAACAUUACUGA